GCCGCCUCGCUAGUGCAUCAGUCAGUCCUUCGCCUCGGGGACUGCGCGGAUCUGGGAGCGGAGAGAGCGGAGCGGGGGGAUCGGGCCCGAGAGCGGCCCCGCAGCCUGACUGACUGACCCGAGCCCAGCCCAGCCCAGCUGACCCGGCCUGGCCCCGCCACCGCCGCCUGGCCUGGCCCGGCCCUUCCCCAGCCUGCGGCCUCGGGCCUCGCCGCCGCUGUCGGAGCCCGAGCUGUCGGUGGAGAGUGAGUGUGAGAUGGCCGCGACCCCCCGGUGAAAGCGGCCAAGCUCCGAGCCCUCAGCCGCGUCGAUGAGCCUGGAGCCCGGCUGCCGUCCCCGGGUGAUAAUGUACCCGCAUCGAAGGAGAAGUUGUGAUGACUCUACGAUAAGAACCUAACACACCAGCACCAGACUAGGCAACCGAGAAGAGAAAGGAAUCUUUUCACAGGGAAGGUGAAUCUAAGAUGUCCUUAAGUAGCAGCAGUUCAGCUGGGAAAGGUGUGGAUUCGAAUGCUGUUGAUGCCUACGACAGUGGGGAUGAGUGGGAUAUCGGAGUUGGGAAUUUAAUUAUUGACUUGGACGCAGACUUGGAAAAAGACCAGCAGAAAAUGGAGAUGUCGGGAUCGAAAGAUGGGAGCAUCCCAGUGCCAAGCGCAGUGGCAGCUCUACCAGAGAAUAUCAAGUUUGUCACUCCAGUUCAAGCACCGCAGGCCAAAGAGAGCAAAUCGAAGGCUAAAAGGAGCAAAAAUGCAAAGGAAGGAAGUAAAUCUGUGUCUGCUGCUUCUCUCUAUACUGUGGGAGAAUCAGGAAAUGGCAAGAAAGAAAUGCAGGCGCGGUCUGCAGAAAUUGCGAAUCCCAGUGGGCUGGGGUCGUCUAACACCACGUCCAAAGGAUCAGAAAAAGGUCCAAAGACAGUUCGGAAUGGAGCCGGAUCAAAAAAGGACAAAGAGGGUGGAUCCAGCAAAAGCAAAAAGGAUAAAAGUGAGAGCAGCGGAGGUGUGCAGCCGCCUCCUGGGAACGAUUCCAACGCUGCACAACAACUCGGGCUGGGGUCAGGGCCAAAGGGCAGCUCGUUUGAAUGUGCUCCGAGCACAAGCUGCCCAGACGGGGCUGCCGUCCAAGUGCUGGAUUUGGGAAACGCACCACUGGAUAGCAACAGCAUUUCCAACCUGCUGGGAAUUAAACCCGAAACGGAGGAGGUCGACAGUGAGUGUCGACCACUGAAGAAGGUCAAGACGGAGAAGAUGGACUCGCCUGCCUCCACCCCAGCCCCUCCACCCCUCCAUCUCCUGCCUCCUGUCAACAGUGGUGUUGCAUCUCCUGUGGAGCAGAUCAUGGUCCGCACGCGCUCCAUUGCAGUCAAUACCUGCGACGUUGGACUUGCGACGGAGCCCGAAUGCUUGGGACCGUGUGAGCCUGGGACAAGUGUCAACCUUGAAGGAAUUGUUUGGCAGGAAACCGAAGACGGUGUCCUGGUGGUUAAUGUGACCUGGCGGAACAAGACUUAUGUGGGAACACUUUUGGACUGCACAAGACAUGACUGGGCACCACCAAGGUUUUGUGAAUCACCAACAAGUGACCUUGAGAUGAGAGGGAACAAUCGCGGGCGGGGGAAGCGAGUGCGGCCCAGCACAAGUGCUCCAGUGAUUGAGGCUGUCGUGGUUCCAGACACCAAGGUCAUUACCAAGACUCGGGCGUGUUCCAGCAGCAAGGGGCGCCGGGGCAGCCAGACCUCUUCAGACAGUCGCACCCCCACAAACCCAGUGGAAGACGUCAAGGCAAGCCCUUCAGCGGGCAACAAGCGGAAGAACAAGCCUGCUCCCGAUUUGGACUUAACCUCAAGUUCCGAGGACUCAAAGGGAGGGAAAAGGAUGCGUUCAAAUUCGCGCGGGGCAGCAACGCCAACCCCCGUCAUGGUGGUGAAGCCCGAGGCGUCCGUGCCUGAGCAUAACUGUCCGUCCCCCGUCCUCAUUGACUGUCCCCACCCCAACUGCAACAAGAAAUACAAACACAUCAAUGGCCUGCGCUACCACCAGGCCCAUGCACAUACAGACAGUGACGGUAAGAUUGAGGGUGACAUUGACAGCGAGGAGAAGAACUCUGAUGGUGAGGAGUGCACUCAGCAUCCGUCACUGAGUCAGGACUCCAGCAGCUGUAAUGGUUCCUCCAGCUCCCACACCUUCUGUCAGUCGAAGGGCUACAUGUCCCCAGCACGGUCUGUCACACCAAAGGGCAGGAGAGAAGGCAGCAUGGAGGCCCACAGCCCUUCCUCUGCCGUGAAGCUUGGGACUGGGAAGAACUCCAGUAAAAAGAAACUCACUUCAGAGGCCGAUGCGGAGUCUGGUGGGUUGUAUAAUGUCGAUUGUUCAGAGGAAGGGCUUCCGGUUGCCAGCCCGAGUGACGACACAGGAAACGAUGGCGACGACUCUACUGAGAAGAAAUCUGCCGUGGAAAAAGACAAAGCCAAGAAAUCGAGUGGUUCAAAAUCAGAAAAGCUUCCAGUCAAAAGCAAGUCUGCCAGGCCAUUGUCCCCUGCCAUGACACCAGCACAAAUGUACAGUUUCUCCACUGCCGCUUUUACUGCCUCGGGCCCGGGCUCUGCCCCUGGUUUGGCUACCACCGUUGUUCAAGCAAUGUCCAAGAGCCCGCCACUCAAACCCAUUCAGCCCAAGCCCACCAUCAUGGGGGAACCGUCGACAGUGAACCCAGCACUCACGCCCUUGAAGGAGAAGAAGAAAAAGGAGAAGAAGAAGAAGGAUGCCAAAGAGGCUGCGAGCCCCAAACCUCUGGGCAAAGUGGGGGCAAAGCCGGAAGAUGGCAAGAGCCCUUUCCGAGAUCCCGCUGCGGACUCCGCGGCUAAAGAGGGGCUACUAAACGGAUCGUCGGAAUCGCACGAAAGUCGCCUAGCCAGUAUCAAGGCCGAAGCGGACAAAAUCUACAGCUUCACCGACAACGCACCCAGUCCGUCCAUCGGUACGGCCAGCAGGCUGGAAGGCACGGGCCUGGUCACGCCUAUUACACCCUUGCACGUGGUGACACAGAAUGGGGCCGACAGCUCCUCGGUCAAGACCAACAGUCCAGCUUACUCGGACAUCUCGGAUGCAGGGGAGGACGGAGAGGGGAAGGGAGAUGGCAGUAAAGUCAAAACCUCCUCCCCGGACCAGAUGGCCAAGGAAAGUGCCAAGAAAGCUUUAUUUUCCUCAUCAUCCUCCUCAUCCUCCUCUUCCUCGUCCUCACGAACUCAACCACCUAUAAAUAAAGAAACCCACUCCCCGUACUACCAAGGUUAUGACACGUACUAUUCUCCAAACUACGCCCACUCGAGUCCUGGAGGUGCCAGCGGAGGCUCGGCGGCGGCCGGUCACUCGGUCAAGAUCAAGAAGGAGGUGGACGAGGAGGGUGUGGAGGUGAGGGUCAAAGUGGAAAGCACAGAGGACAAGAAGACAGAAAUGAGCAAUGCAGGCCACCAUCCUUCAGUGAUACAGCAACGCUCCCAAAUGUACAUGCAGCCUCUGUAUUACGGUCAGUAUGCCUACGUGCCCCAGUAUGGUUACAGUGAUCAGGGCUAUCACAGUCACAUGAUGAGCACAAACCCAGGCUACAGGCAGCAGUACGAGAAAAUGUGCGAGGAGCAACACAAACAGAGGCACGAGCAGAACCGCGGGAAGCACAGCAGCAACGACCACGACAAGAAACAAGAGCACGCCAUCAAGGAGCGGGAGGAGUGGAAGCAGAAGGCUCCUGCCUCUGCCACCCUCUCUAAAGCACCCAGCUUGACAGACCUUGCAAAACCUGUGCCUAACAAGCCCAAGGACACGGCGGACUCCAUAAAGUAUGGCAUAAUGGCCAAAGCAGAUGAUGCCUCCAAGAUGCAGUCACAGCAGGCAGAAGGAUUAAAGAUGAAAUUAACUGAGGGGAGUCACCUUGGGAGGGAGUUGUGUGAAACAAAACAAAGUCUGGAGUCAAGCAAGCAUCAUUCUGGAAUGGAUCCAGGACUGUGGUACAGACAGCAAACUACAGAGAUAGAACCCGAUCCUAGUUCACUUACACAGUACUGCAGUUCAUUACACCUUGUGCCGAGGCAUGGCACUGACUUUAAUUCUUCAUCACUAAGGGGAUUAUCAAGAUGCCAGCUAAUUCAUUCCUGGAGAGAGGAAUCUGAAAGCAGGUUGUGGUCGUACGUGUAUCCAAACAAAUACUCCGAGCAGCAAAAGGCAGAAGAGGAGCGGUGGAAAGAAGCAGAGCGAGAACGGAAAUUUAAAGACGAGGGCUCAUCGCGAAUAAGAAGCAAAGAGAUAGCAGUUAAAGAGGAAAGCAAGGACAACAUGUGCUUGGAGUCCCGCUCAACGUCAAUGGAAGAAUGUCGAUCAGUUGGAAAAGAUCCCAGAUCAGGACUUCACAUCCCUGUGUCCUCCUCGAUGGUCCAGCACCCAUCUUACAUGCCGUAUGUUCAUGGCUACCCUUACGGAAAGCCGUACGAAGCCCCCCAUCCAGGAUUCCGAGGGGUGACGCCAGUGAUGAUGCAGAAUUAUCCAGGAUCAUACCUGUCAUCGGGAUUCUCUUUCUCACCUUAUGCAAGUAAGGUUCCGGGACACGAUGACAAUGAACGAGCUCAUGGGAGUCCUGGUGUGGGCAGCAAGUCGAGCUCUGAAUCCAUGGCCCUAGAUAUCUUGCAGCAACAUGCCAGUCAGUACAAGAGUAGAUCACCCACGACGAGUGAGAAGCCGCCUCAUGAAAGGGAGCGAGGGGAUCGAGACAUCGACAAGGAACGGCCCCGUUCUUCCCCAUCCCAGCGACAGAUCGCCUCGCAUCAUCAUCUUGGAAUGGGGUACCCAUUGCUUCCAGGCCAAUAUGACCUCCCAUAUGCAACAGGCCUCUCCUCCCCAGCCAUUGUCGCAAGCCAACAGGCUGCAGCACAAGCCUCGGUGUCCAACCUGUUCCCACCAACCAGAAGGGUGUGAGAGGGAGUGAUUACUUUGUUCAAAGUCAUGUGACUGGAUCACAUGAGGACGCUCAGCAUUUUUAUAGACAUCAGUUCAAUGGUGUUCCUGGUUCCUGCCGUGAAGUCGGGCAGACUAUUGUAAUGUUUCUCCUGCGGACUCAGACAUCUGUGUUGGAGACCUGAUGCCUAUUAUGUAUGUGUCUCGGAGGCUAUGAGCAAAAGCAGCCUGCCUUUCUCACAAUGUAAAUAUAUUGUAGAAUAUGCCACCCUUCCCCCUCAAUGAAAGAAGUUUCCAAUAUUGACUGUACAUUGCUAUUUGUUGAGUUCACUGCAUCAUACGGAUCGAGGGGCACUGUAAAACUGGUCCCUGCUGUAAUUCUGGCUUGUCCUUUGCAUGCUGUCCCGUGGCCUGGCCACACCUGGAUGGGAAUUGGGGAACUCCUGUGACUGUCAUUGUUGACGUCCUGAACCAAGUGAGCAAGUUGUUUUUAAGUGACUGGAUGAAGAUGUUUGGGCAAUGUUGGUGCUUUUAACGUGUCUUCUCACCCCCAGUUCCUUUUCAUCGCAAACUCUGUCCAAGAAUCACCAUCACGACAAAUACGUUUUUAUUGCCACUUGCAUAAUGCAGCUGUGUCAUCCUAGAGGGCGAGAGACUCUUCAUGUUAGUUUGCCACCACCGUAGGUUUAACAGGGGUUGACAGGCCUUUUUGUACCCAGUGGGUAAUGCUAGUGUCUGCCCAGUGUUGAUUUAAAUACAUUGGCAGUGCAGACAAAGCUAGCUCCUCAGACUGAAGGAUGUCAGUACUGGGCUAUGCCCUUCAGUUACCUGUUGUUAGCACCAAGCACUUCUAGCUCAACUGUAGCAUGUCAAGGCCAAUGGAGCAGAGUAGCUCCCUCUCACACCGAGUGAUAUCUUAUCCAUAGCUCACACCGGCAUUCCACAGACCUUACCCGUCCCAGCAUCGCAUCAACUCCUGGGCCAGUCCGCUGACUCAAAAGAGGGGAAGCUGCUGGUCAUCAGUGUUUGCAUUCAGAUCCGAGAAAAACCAGUGAAUCACAACACACCAGCCAGUUCCACUCUCAAUAUUUAUUAGUCGAGCAUAGGAGGAGCACUUGGCACUGCCUCACCUCACAUGUGAAGGACUUGUAGAUGUGCGAGGUGGCAGGAGAGCAGUUGUAUACACAGGUAGCUGUGCUAUGAAAGAAGAAAAAAUGGUUCCAAUUAUACCGUUCUCCAACUUCGCAUAUUCCACAUGUACGUGCACACACACCACGCUUUCGUGCACACAAUCGGAGUUGGGUUCAUUCUGACACGAGCUCCAAGCACAAUGGAUGAUCCGAGCACUCUGGUCGUUCUGAUCACCUCUGGUUCCAAGUGAAGGCACUUAAAGAUAUAGUUUGUUACUUUGGAAACUUUUUCUGAGUUAGUGCAGUGGCACACAGAUCUUGCCUCCCUAUUAGUCAGCGCCAGAUCUAUCAUAACUGUCGGAGCCAUUGACUCCCUUGUAAACAUGUUGUGUAUGAAGGACAUGCCUGACUGGCUAAAGAGAGGCAGAAUCAGUAUCCCAAGGCCUUGAGAAAUGUAAAUAGGAUAUUUUAUAAGUUGAGAGCAGGACCAGAAGAUGACAUCAAGACUUCUCUUCUGCAUUUAGGAAUAAGAUCAACAGCUGAAAACCACUUCAUUUCCCUCUGCUAUUUCUACCAAACCUGUCAACUAGACAAAGCAGGCAACUCUGCUCAUCUACAGGAUACUGAACCGUAGGAUAAGAUUUUAAGCUUUCACUCCUUGUUACUGAACCUCUGUACAUUCUUGGACAGUUAGAAAUCCUGACAUGUUUUGUCUAGUUACAAUCUCUAUUGAUGAGACUGUGAGGAGAUCUGGAGCCAUGCUGGCUGGCCAGGAAUGAGAGCGUCCAAACUAGAAUGGUUUUCAGUUCACUAUAUCAAUAUUCCAUCACAAAUUGUCAUACUUUUAGCGAGUGAACUGAGCUGCGUUCUGUGCAGAACAUGCUGGGGAUGCCCAGGGUCAGCUGAUCUUUUCUCCACUUCAAACAUCUUUUAUUCAAUUUGGAAAUAAUGGACACGAGUGUCUAAAUGGGCUAUUUUCCAAAUUCUCAAGAGUGUAAUUAACUGAACUUUCAGAGUGGGUGACUUUAAAACUUGUUGACUCAAAAUGCUAAUCCCUUCGCUAGAGCAACCAGGAUAAAUAAUGUUUCCUCCUACACAAUUCUAAGAGCAGGGCUGAUGGAUAGGGCUGGGUGUGACCCCAGCAAUGAGUUACUCGUGUGGCUGCACAACGCUGAAUCGCUCUGCCCCCUCCCAGUCAGUGCUGCAUUUGCAUGGCAGCCUGCACCCUCCACCUGCCACAGACCACACGUCAACCAGGUUGUAACCAGCUUGUUGGGCUGCAGGGUGGGGACUAACUUUGGCCACAGAUUUGCAACAAACGUUAAGUUUGGGGGAAGAGGAAAGUGGAGGUGAAGUUUGCUGAAACGCUGACCGACAUUUGAGAUUGGUCAUCAAGCUUUUCCUCAGAAUGGUGAAGUGUGGGCUUCAUAUCCAGUUUAGGCAUCGCCAUGAGAAUGAGUCAGGGCCUGGAUGUUUUACACUGCACGUAAAGGAACGUGGAAACUCAGUCUGUUAUCACGUUGUCAAAGACGGAAGUGUUCAACAAAGGCUCACAAACGGCAUCACAGUUCAUUUUACAACCUGUUUUCACUGUUUUGGGGUUUUUGGUGAUUCCCCUGCGACACCUCACUGUGAUCGUCUCAGCAUUUCUUGGCUUUUUUGCUGCCUUUAUUUCCGACACCUGCCCAGCUCUCUCGCUCUCUCUCUCUCAUCCUUGCCCUUCUCCCACCAACAAUACGUAUUGUCCCCACCUCUCAUGUGCAGAACCUCUUCACUGUUGCCAGGUGCUGUUUGCUGUAAAUAUUGUACAGAGAAACUAUUGUAAAAUGUUUAAUUUUUUUUUUAAUGAAAAAUGUCCAAGAUUCUGGUUUCUGGAAUUUUUUUGUUUGUGGGUGAAUUUGUUUCCAAAAUCCUAAUUAUGUGAUAUUUACCUUUCUUGAACACUGCUGUUUGGUACUGGUGAAUCCAACAGCAUCCUUGGGUUCUCCUUUGGAAUGACUAGAUUCAGUGCUGAGGUAGGAUUAAAAACCCGGUGAUUCUGGAG